CUACAGUUGAAGGUUUGCCCACAAAGGUUGGCAUGACCACCAUACCCAAGCAUUGUUUGGACAAAAAAUAUGCCGGCCACAUUACCGCUUACUAUUGCGCCUACGAAGGGGUGUCAACUUAUUUGUUUUAUGCCUAUGGAAGUAAGGACAUUGACCAUGAGAAAGUGACUGAAAUAUUCAAAGAGGACCUGAUACACAUGGGUGGUGACCUGAAAGAAAUUCAUUACAAUCAGCACUGGGAUUUCUUUCCUCAUGUAUCAUCGCUCAGUAUGGCCAGGGGUUUCUAUAGCAAGGUUGAAAACAUGCAAGGUCAAGACGGUACUUUCUACGCCGGGGGCUGGCUUGACUUUGAGCUUACUGAAAACUGCGCCUCUUAUAGCCGUGACCUCGUCCGUCGUUUCUUCAAUCUUUCCGGUGCAUCGCAAGCAGAAAUCCGUCAUCUACCAAUUCGUCCGAAGUACGAUGUCAAACCCGCUUCGUCCACAAACUGGGGUACGGUGUUACGUGUGGCUGCAAAACGAUUCCCCGAUCGAACAGCAUUUUCUUGGGUUGACGUGAAUAUGAAAGAGGAAGCCACUAUAAGUUUCUCCGACUUGUAUCGACAAGCCCGUGCC